AUUAUAAAUAAAUAUUAUGGGUGCACAGGCCUCCAUAGUGGGUAACCUGGCUUCGCCCCUGCACACGAUAGGAGAUCAUGUCGAUCACGUCCGUUUAUCAAUUCAGAUUUAAUCAAAACUCGAUCUGAAUCUAUAUAAAGUACAAAACAUGAUUAAAACGAGGCAUGAAUGGCAUAUUAAUUAAAAAUAUAAAAUGAGAGAUCAAUCAGUGAGUUAAAAAUACUAUAUAAGGAAUCCCACUUCUGUGUAAAGGAACCAUCCUAAACUUCUUUUCUUGAAGAAAAAUCAACUACAACAAAAAAUGGCUUUGCAAAAGUUUCCUCUCAUGGGGCUGCUUAUGCUCCUAACAAUCGUCGUCUCUACGGCAACAGCUGAUGGGCCUGUUUGCCCUCCAUCGACCAAACUUAGCCGGGCAAGUUUCCCUGAAGGUUUCUUAUUUGGCACGGCUACUGCAGCAUAUCAGGUUGAAGGUGCAGUGAAUGAAACAUGUCGUGGACCGGCCUUAUGGGAUAUCUACUGUAAGAGAUAUCCAGAGAAAUGCAAAAACGAUAAUGGCGAUGUGGCCGUUGAUUUCUUCCAUCGUUAUAAGGAAGAUAUUCAGCUAAUGAAGAACCUAAACACCGAUGCAUUCAGACUCUCUAUCGCGUGGACAAGAAUAUUUCCUCAUGGAAGAAAGGAGAAAGGUGUGAGUCAAGCUGGUGUGAAGUUCUACCACGACGUCAUCGAUGAGCUCCUAAGAAAUGGUAUAGUUCCGUUUGUGACUGUUUUUCACUGGGACACUCCACAAGAUUUAGAAGACGAAUAUGGCGGCUUUUUAAGUGAGAGGAUUGUGAAAGACUUCCGGGAGUAUGCUGAUUUUGUUUUCCAAGAAUAUGGUGAUAAAGUGAAACAUUGGAUCACUUUCAACGAGCCAUGGGUUUUCGCUCACGCUGGUUAUGACGUAGGCAAGAAGGCACCAGGACGUUGUUCUGACUACGUAGAUCCUACGUGCAAAGGGGGACGAUCCGGAUACGAGGUUUACCUAGUCAGUCAUAACCUUCUUAACGCUCACGCAGAAGCCUUUGAAGCUUUCACACAAUGUGAAAAGUGUAAAGGUGGAAAGGUCGGAAUCGCACACAGUCCAGCUUGGUUCGAACCACAUGACUUUCAGGAUUCACAAGAUGGUGCAUCCAUAGGCCGUGCACUUGACUUUAUGUUGGGAUGGCAUUUGGAUACUACUAUGUAUGGGGACUAUCCACAGAUCAUGAAAGAUAUUGUUGGACACAGAUUGCCCCAAUUUACUGCUGCACAGAAAGCAAAACUGAAAAACUCUGCCCACUUCGUAGGCCUCAACUACUACACGUCCACGUUUGCGAACCAUGUCGAGAAUCCAGAUCAUUCUAAACCAAGAUGGAAGCAAGAUUCUCUUAUUUCAUGGGAACCUAAGAAUGCAGACAAAUUCACCAUUGGUAGCACGCCUUCCACCGGUAAGCUACCCGUGUACGCGAGAGGAUUUAGAAGUCUUUUGAAGUACAUCAAGGAUAAAUAUGCAAACCCUGAAAUUAUGAUCAUGGAAAAUGGAUAUGGAGAAGACCUUGGGGAAACCGAUUCAGUUGCAGUUGGUAUUGCUGAUCACAACAGAAAAUAUUAUCUUCAGAGGCAUCUUUUGAGUAUGAAUGAAGCUAUUUGCAUCGACAAAGUAAAUGUUACAGGAUACUUUAUAUGGUCAUUGUUGGACAACUUCGAGUGGAAUGAAGGUUACAAGAGCAGAUUCGGACUCUAUUACAUUGAUUUCAAAAAUAACCUUACACGUAUUGAGAAAGAAUCGGGCAAGUAUUACAGAGACUUCUUGAGCCAAGGUGUUCGUCCCUCUACGAUCAAGAGGGAUGAGCUUUGAUCUAUAUCUUCUUGAGGAUUUGAUUUAAUCUCAAUUGUUUCGAUCGAUCUCUUCUGUUUUAAUUCUGUUUUAGUUUGUGAUUAGCCAAGAUUCAUGAAGUCUUGGUUUGAAUAAAAGUGUUUUUCUUUUUUUCAUUGUUCAAUGUCUACACCUGAUUUGAAAAGAUCAAAAAAGCUUUGGAACUAUAAUAAAACUAUCCCUCUGGAGAACUUUAUUUGUCAAGUUACAUCUUCAAGAAGACGCUUAUUAACAGUCCCAUCCGGGUUGACUUUCAACUAUGGUCUGAAUCUCCUCUAGGGUUUUAUCUUUGUAUAAGACCUAAUCAGUAUUAAUUCUCUCACCAAACAUGACAUAAUUCAAAAGGUUGUUUGAUCUGACAAUGACCAUAAUUGAUACUACACUGUGAAUCAUAAUUGUUUGGAAAAUCUAUCUUAGUCGAUUUUUAUUUAUCUUGUUUUUUUUCGAUGUUUAAUUUUCACGGGAUUUAUAGUUUCGAUUCACAUGAUCAGAUUCAGGGUUUAUGUAAGCAUUAGUGUGACGCAUGUAAUAUGUAUGAUUUUUGCCGUUUUGGAUCAUCCAUAUGUUCGUGGCUAAGCAUAUGCAUGUUGGUCAUCGUAUGAUAAUAGAAUAAUUAGACUUAAUAUACAUCUUAUGGGGAUGAAAGUCAUACUUAGAGAUUUUUAAGCCUAACCACUUUGCAAUGACUUUGGAAUAUAGGAAUAGCAGAAACCAAUAAAUGAAUGCAUGAAGAAAAUGUAUCAUAUGAAUGAAUCAUGUUUGUAUUUUUGGAAAAUAUGUGUAUGAGAAAUACAAAAGAAAAAUAACUGUUAUGGAAUUUCAAAGUUGUAAGUCAGCUCAUAGUGUUUGUGAGACUUUCUUAACAAAACAAAAAAAGAGGCUAGAUCCAUGUGUGUUAACAAGUGUAUGAUUUCUUUAUGUAUGUGUAUCUUUUUUUAGUAUAAUUCACCAAAACGAGCGUCCCACUAUAAACACCAUGUUUUUUUUUGUUUUUUUGCCAGUUCAUGAGAGAAAACGAUAUGUUUAUGAAAAGUACAGUACUUACAUUUAAAAAAUAACCGUUAUAUAUAAGAUGCAAUAUGAUCCAUUGAAAAUAAGACAGGCUUAAAAAUGAAGACAAACCCAAACAAAUAUAUUUUAUGCUUUUCCAAAUUAAAAUUCUGUAUUGUUUCAUGCUCAAAUGAAGAAAUCGAAUGGAACACGCAAAACUAAAAUCUUUACAAUA